AAACGUUGUGAGAACAUUGUGCAAGGUGGUGUUCUGGACAGCACCUGGGGGUGAGGGGGUGUAAAAUGUUUUGAAAAGGUAAACCAAUUGGAUUAGAGAUUUUGCAGCUCAGCUGUAUUUAAAGGGGAGCAGUUUGCUCAGUGAAUGAAACUUCUUGAAAGAAAUUCAUGUUUUUGAAGGUAUGUGCUUUCUGACAAGGACGUUCUGCAACAGCAUGAUGAAAUUUGCCAUAUUCCUGUUCUUUGCUGCAUUGAUUCCUGCAAAGUAUGCAAGUGCUCAGGCAUGUGUUAUCGAGAGUCUGAUUAAUGAGAAGGUCCAGGCAGCAGUCGAUUCCAAAGUGUCCUCAAUCCUCGCGAAGGCUCAGCUGACUUGCACAAGCACUUCUGCACGUGGUGCUGAUGUCUCCUGCCCUUCAGGGUACCUGGCCACUGGAUGUGCCUGUGGAAUGGCUUGUGGUUCCUGGGAUAUCCGUGCUGAUACUGCCUGUCACUGCCAGUGUGCCAGAAUUGACUGGACUGCUGCCCGCUGCUGCAAAGUGGCCAUUGUUGGCUGAUAUCUCCCCAGCUCCCUGUUGACUCCAGCUUCUAUGCUCAAUAAACAUGCACGUUUAAUUUU